AUGUCCUUCCGGCAGCACGGCAUCCAGGGUCAGAGCGAGGCAUGGGCGAAGCUCUAUGCCAAAAGAGACAGGGAGGCCAUGAAAGUGGCGAACCCGAAGGACACUCUGCGCAAGAUGUACGACAAGCUGGUGACUCCGCAGCUGCUAAAGCGCGGAGCCCAUGUGCCAUUGCCCUUCGAGGACGAGAAUGAGCCGACUGAUGCCGGCAAGGAGAAGGAGAAGAUUCAGAAGCAGAAGAAGGAGAAGCAGAAAUCCAAGAAAGACAAGAAGAGCAAGAAGAAGAAGGCCAAGAAGGCAAAGUCUUCGAGCAGCUCCAGCAGCUCCAGCACUUCCUCUUCGUCCUCGACCACUACGGAUCGAAAGAAGAGGAAGAAGAACGCUCGUGAAUGA